CAAUCGACAGUCAUAUUAACUGAUCUUCACCAGCGAAUUAAGCUCAGUUCAGUGUUAACUGUAUACCAGUGAAGUACCGAAUAAUAUUCCUUGAAUAGUUCUUUAAUAAUUUAACUAGUCUAAAAGUAAAACAAGACAAUCAAAAUGCCAUUGCAACCAAUUAAAUUUUACUAUGAUUUUAUUAAUCAAUCGAGUCGCGCUUUAUAUAUACUUUUGGCGGCUUCCAAGGUUCCAUAUGAAGCGGUUCCAAUAUCGGUAUUAAAAGGUGAACACUUGACCGGAGAAUAUCGUGAUAAAGUAAAUCGUUUUAAAAAAAUUCCAGCCAUUACCGAUCAUGGAUUUCAAUUAUCAGAAAGUGUGGCUAUUUUUCGACAUUUAUCACGGGAAAAGCUUUUGCCAGAACACUGGUAUCCACGCAAAAAUUUAGGACGUAGUCGUAUCGACGAGUUUCUUGAAUGGCGUCAACGAAACAUGGGUUUAGCGUGCACUGACUAUUUUCAGCAAAAAUGGUUGGUCCCAUACUUGCAAAAAACCAGACCAAAUGAAAAUUCAGUGAAUGUAGCCGCUAAACAACUUGAACGCACACUUAAUGACUUUGAAAAUCUCUUCUUGCAUUCCAAAAAGUUUAUGGUCGGAGAUACUGUAUCUUUUGCAGACCUAGUGGCCAUCUGUGAAAUUGAUCAACCAAAAUACAUUGGAUACAACACAUUUUCCAAUCGCAAUAAAUUAUCUAGAUGGUAUCAGUCGGUUCGUGAGGAACUUGGCCCAUUCUACACAGAAGUAACAGAAAAUUUUGAAAAUAAAUUGAAAUCAGCAGAAAAGGGUCAUAAAGAAGCAAUUUCGCUGAAGCAGUAACAAAACUAUGUCAUAUUUGUUUUUUGUUAUUACUUUGUAAAUUAUUAGUUAUUAAGAUGUAUCUAUCGUUAUUUUUUAUGUUUAUUGUUUAUUUGUAUUAUCAAGUUUUGAUAUUGUUUUAAACUAUUUAAUAGUAUAUUGUAUGUACAUAUGUAUAUUUAAAUAUAAACGAGAAAUUUA